AUGAUAAGUUUUGAUAAACUUUUUGAAAUCGAUAAAAAAGUUGAUUCUGGAACAUUAUCAGAAUCCUAUGAAGGUUUAAAAUGGAUAAAUGUAUGGUAUAUGCAUGAACAAUGGGUUAAAGCAAAUCAUGCACAUAGUGGAUGGGAAAAUGCUUUUACAAAUGGUCAUGUAUGUAUUGUUUUUAAUGGAAAAGAGGGUCCUAUGAGUAUCUGUUCAAAACGACGAGAUAAAGAUACAUUUUCAUUAAUUUCUUUUGAAGCAACUUCUGCUUGGCUUGAUAAUCUUCAAGUUAAAUUAAUUGGACGACGAGUCAAAGAAGAUCUUUAUUCAACAACAAUCGUUCUUCAAUAUGAUACAUCUCAAAUAUUUAAUUUGGAUUGGAAUGAUAUUGAUGAAAUUCAAUUUAUACCAAUUAGUGGAACAUCACAUCCGGGAAUUCAAUAUACGGAAAAAUAUUUUGCAAUAACAUGGAUAUUAGUAGAUUAA